CUAUUGAACUUCCUGUCACGACGCACACACACACAUACAGCGCUGAAGUCAAAGGCCUGGUUUACAGGAACAAUCGAUCGAGAAGUAGCCAUGGAUCUCAGUGAGGAGGAGCUGGCCCCUCUGGUGAUCAGAGACCGGGGAGGCAGCCAGAGGUCCAGUUCUAGCACUGGAACCAGUUUACAAGUACACCUCUACUUCUUCCCGGCCACAAAGGACGCAACAACAAUACACAUUUCAUCUGGACAAGUCUCAGCUGAAAAAGUCUGCAUUCAAGCAGCAAAAAAAUGUGGAAUCUUACCAGUGUACCAAAGUCUUUUUGGUUUGGCCUCUGCUGAUUUCUCAUUCUGGUAUCCUCCCUCACACAUGUUCAACACUGAAGAAAACUUACAAGUCCACUUUAGAGUCAGGUUUUUCUUUGGAAACUGGUUUGAACAAGGAUCAAGAACACUGUACCGCUACAGUCUGACCAGAGACAGCCUCAGUCCAGUGCUGGACUGCAGUGUCAUUGAUUAUCUCUUUAAUCAGUUGCGAAGCGACUUUAUUGCCAGUGAGGCAGGAGUGUGCCCACCUUUGAGCGCCCAGGAGGAAUGCCUCGGCCUCGCUGUGCUCGACUUGUGGAGGAUGGCUAAAGAGCGCCAUCAGAGUGUACGAGAGCUCUGCAAGACUGUCAGCUACAAAUCAUGUCUCCCUAAAUCGCAUCGACACGACAUCCAGAGACGAAACCGACUGGAUCGUUUUCGAAUCCGAAACACCCUCAAGCGUUUCUUAAAGAAGCUCGUCAACUGCUCGGUAGACGAGUACAGCUUGAAGCUCAAGUACCUGAGUGAACUGGCCGGCAUCGAACCCUCUCUGGGAAACGAAACCUUCAAAGUGAAUCCUUCUUCCUCCCAUUCAAAGUCGACUUUCUCUCUUGUGCGGGUCACUGGGGAAACUGGAAUCAAGACCAGUGGAAGUUGUCAUCCUGAUGGCACCCUGUGGCAAACAUUCAGUGAUUUCAAAGAAAUCAUUGACAUCAGCAUAAAGAGGGUAUGCCAUGAGCAGGUUCCUCAAGACAGCAGGAUGGUGACAAUAACUCGCAAAGAUGAAAUAUGCUUGGAAGCCAACUUCAAGAGUCUCAAGGAAGCACUUUCAUUUGUGUCUCUUGUUGACGGCUACUUCAGACUGACCACAGACUCCAGCCACUACUUCUGUCAAGACAUUGCUCCUCCGAGUCUUCUGGAGGGGAUCAAAAACCACUGUCACGGCCCAAUCACAUCAGAGUUUGCAGUCAACAAGUUGAAAAAGACAGGAUCUAAAGGUGGGACUUUCCUUCUCCGGCAGAGUCCCAAAAACUACGACAACUUCUUCCUCACUGUCUGUGUUCAGACUCAACUUGGACCUGACUAUAAAGACUGUCUCAUUAUUAAGAAUGAGCAAUACAGUCUCCCCGGUGUCCAGAAGUUAUUUCCCAGCUUGAAAAAGCUAACCAGCCAUUACCAACACAACAAGCUGCUACUGGCUGAAGUACCAGUGAAGUUGGGUCGCUGCUGUCCACCCCGACCCAAAGAGCUCACAAAUCUGAUCAUCAUGCGGAACAGCAGCUCUGUAGAAGCUCAAGGGUCCCCAACUCCACAAAGGAACAAAUUCAAUCACAUCCAGUUCCACAUGAUCAAAUAUGAAGACCUGAAAUGGGAGGAAAGUCUCGGACAGGGAUCCUUCACUCGAAUUUUCAAAGGCUACAAAAUAGACACUCGUGAUGGGGAGAAACGCAUGACGGCUGUUUUCCUGAAAGAGCUCGAUGCCCUUCAUAGAACCUGCUGGGAGUCAUUCUUUGAAGCUGCCAGCUUGAUGAGUCAAAUUUCACACAAACAUCUCCUAUUUGUGUACGGUGUCAGCGUUCAUGGAGUCAAAAACAUCAUGGUGCAGGAGUUCGUCGAGUACGGGGCCCUCGACCUUUAUUUGAAGAGAGGGAGAUCUGUGUCAGUGAGCUGGAAACUUGACGUAGCCAAACAGCUUGCGUCUGCCCUCAACUUUCUGGAGGAAAAGAACAUUGUUCAUGGAAAUAUCUGUGGCAAAAAUCUGCUGCUGGCCAGAGAAGGCGACCUGUCAGAGGGCAGCUCUCCUUUCAUCAAGCUGAGCGACCCGGGCAUCAGUGCAGCCAUGCUGAGCAAGGACGUGAUCCUGGACAGGAUCCCCUGGGUGGCCCCUGAGAUGCUGGAGGCUCCAGACGACCCGACUCUGGAGUGUGAUAAGUGGAGCUUUGGAGCUACGGUGUGGGAAAUUUUCAACAAUGGGAACACGCCGCUGCGAGGCUGGGACCUGGAACAGAAGCGAGGGUUUUACAAGAGCUUCCAGCAGCUGCCUCCCUCCCAGUGGACAGAGCUGGCCGAUCUGAUCACUCAGUGUAUGGACUACCAGGCAGACUUCAGACCUUCCUGUCGCAGCAUCAUCCGUCAACUCAACAGUCUCAUCACUUCAGACUAUGUGAUUCUCCACGCUGCUGAGCCCGUCACACAGAGCCCUGUGUGGAGAGCCCUCAGCCCUGCUCAGCACGACCAGACACUGUUUGAGGAGAGACACCUACGCUUCAUCUCCCCUCUGGGGAAAGGAAACUUUGGCAGCGUUGAACUUUGCCGUUACGACCCGCUGGGCGACAACACCGGUGAGCUGGUGGCUGUGAAGAGGCUGCAGCCCAACAAGCAGUCCACCCUGGAGGACUUCAAGAAGGAGGUCAACAUCCUCAGCGUGUUUCACUGCAACUACAUUGUCAAAUACAGAGGAGUGUGCUACAGCAUGGGUCGCCUCAGUAUGAGUUUGGUGAUGGAGUACCUGCCCUACGGCAGCCUGAUUGGCUACCUGGAGAGUAAUCGACACAACAUCAACACCAGGAGGAUGCUGCUGUAUGCUUCUCAGAUAUGUAAGGGGAUGGAGUACCUGCAGAGCCUGCGCUAUGUGCACAGAGACCUUGCAGCCAGAAACAUCCUGGUGGCCAGCGAGAUGCUGGUGAAAAUCGCUGAUUUCGGGCUGACAAAGGUCAUUCCUUUUGACAAGGAGUACUACCGAGUCAUGCAGCCUGGAGAGAGCCCCAUUUUCUGGUACGCUCCAGAGUCCAUCGAGGAGUCCAGAUUCUCUCACAAGUCUGAUGUCUGGAGUUUUGGAGUCGUUCUUCACGAGCUCUUCAACUUCUGCGACUGCAACGCCAACCCAAAAAGACUUUGUAUACAGGAGAUCGGACACAAUGUGCAGAGUCCAUUCAUUUCCACACAACUAGCAAAUAUUCUGAAGAAUAACUGGAGGUUGCCUGCUCCUCCAAACUGCCCACCAAAGGUGUACAGUUUGAUGAAGCAGUGCUGGGCGUACGACUUUGAGGAGCGGCCAUGUUUCUCCGAGCUGGGAAACCAAAUUGAAACCAUCAUGCAGGACGAGAGAGAGAACCCAAAAUGCUGACAUACUGUAAUGUUGCAUAUAACAGUAUAUACAAAUUUAAUUUAGUUUCCCAUGUUAAAUUCACUUUACACAAGUAUCACACUCACAGCAAUGGACAACAUCAAGCUACGUCAACAUUCAGCUUCCCAGUGUGCACAUUUCUGCAAGAAACAGCCACACUUUUCCUUUUCAGAGCAGCUCAAAUGACCGUUGUUAAAUUUGUAGUUAGUGGUGCCCUCUAGUGGCCGCAGUUAUUAUGAACAACUCCAAAACAGAAACAAGGUUAUGCUGUGAAAAAGCAAAAAGGGAAGUGUGGAUAAUAAUUUUUUUUUAGGUAACUAGAACUUGUUCCUCAUGCCAGAAUCAUAUAAAAUAAUAUAUCAAAUAUUUGUAUAGCUGAAAAUGCAGGGUAAACUGUGCUGGGCACAUUAAACAUUUGUGAGCGUUAUAUAUAUUUGUGUGUGUGUGUGUGUGUGUGUAAAUGGGUCAAAGGUCAAAUUAUUACAGAAACUGAAAAACGUUUUUAAGCUUUGCAUUGUCUUUUUUUUUUUUUUAAAUGAAUGGAGGAAAACAUAUUUUUUCAUCUGUUAUUUCCCUUUUUGCAUUUCUACUGUGGUAGUGUGGUGUGGUAGUUUUUUGUUGUAUUUUGUAUUUUUAUUUACAUCCUUUACCAUGUUUAAAAUAAAGCAAUUUCUUGAUUUGCAGUAUUGAAUUCAGUUCUUUGACAUUCCUGAUGCAUGACAUUGCUGAUGACAAAAGGAUUUGUGAUCACACAACAGUGUAUCUAAGAGGACUCUGUUGGUUUGUCUGUCUAAGAAAAUAUAAGAAUUACCACUUAAAGUAAAGACCAGAUCCCUUACUGUUAGGGGCAGGGAAAAGAAGAGAUGCUAAAGAGUUUGUUAAGAAGCAGCACCCCCUUCUGUUUGUAUGGAGAAUUGAAAUAGCUUACAGCACCUAGUUUGUGUUUGCCUAAAGCAGUAGUUCUCAACCUUUUUGAGUCGCGACCCCCAAUUUAACAUCCAUGUUGUCUGCGACCCCCGCUCACUGAACAGAAUCUCACACGCACAGUUCAGAUCACCCAAAAAAUAAAC